UGAUCAGAGGAGCUGGGAACAGAAAUUGUUAGCAAGUCUUUCAGAUGCCACCAGGACUGACCUGCUUUCCUGCAGAUCUCAACACCAACACAGACCUACCAGAAUAAAGAGAUUUACAAUUUUUCCACUCCUCAGAGAAGAAAACGUGUGGGCCACGCUGCUUAUCUCCCUACAGCUGAAUUUAGUAACACAGACCAGCCAAACUGUCUGCAGUGUACAGAUCAGAUAGCACUCACACACCCACAUCUCUGUAGAAGCUCCUGCCAGCUCCCCUUGGCCUGCACUGGACCAUGGCUUCUUCCGGGCUCUGGGCUAUUGACUAUGAGGUUUAUGGGGAUGUCCAGGGUGUCUUCUUUAGAAAGUACACCGAAGAACAGGGAAGGAAGCUUGGGGUGGUCGGCUGGGUGAAGAACACAGCUCAUGGAACUGUGACUGGACAAGUGCAGGGUCAAAAGGAGAAAGUGGAGAUUAUGAAGAACUGGCUGCGCAGCGUAGGAAGCCCCAUGUCACGUAUUGACCGAGCUGUGUUCUCCAAUGAGAGGGAGAUCUCCAGUCUGGAGUUCCAGUCCUUCACCACUAAGUACUAGAACCAGCUGGCUGCUCCAGCUGGGAUGUCCAACCGUAGCUGCAUCAAGGGAUUGUUCCACUCAGAAGGCGGCACUAUAUCAUUCUCCCUUGCUAGGAUGGGCUCUGCUGCUGUGAACAUUAUGAAACUGAUCUCUAGGACCCCUUUGGAUCCGUGAAGCUUCUAGCUACAUAAGAAGUCACCCAUUUUAUACCCAACCAGGAGUUGUGUCUGAUGCCCAGUUCUCUCUUCAUUUAGGAACUGCUGCUGUGUGGUUGAGGGAAAGAGCAUUCUGCGGGGGAGGGGUGGGGGUGUUGGCUGUCAUCCUCUUUUGCAGCCUCAGCCCCCUUCAACAUGUGUUCAUGAGCACUGGUCAAUUGUUAGCAACCUCCUUUGAACAGACAUGAUAAUGAAAGGCUUGCAAAUAACAGUUAUUGACCUUCUUAUUGGAGACAAGCUGCCUCUUCUCCCGUCUCAAUUCCCACUCACUUCUAAAGAUGUUUAGAUUAUUAUU